AUGAUCAACAAAAGAUACGCACAACGAGAUCAAUUAGGCUUCAAGCAAAAGAUUGCUGAUCACAAACUUCGUUGUCCGUGCCCAAAUAUAUACUGCGCAUCAUCUGUUGAACGACAUACUCUCAUCACGCUACCCAACAAUGUUGCUGUACAGUUCGCAGCCGGACAAAUUCGCUCCGCGCUCCUCGCAUCUCGCGUCGAUCACGAGAACCGCUACAUUCGCCCCUCCAGCCCUCGAGCCGAAAUCCGCUGUCUUUGGUCAGCAGCUACUGUUGUACUGCCGAGGAAAAGACCGCCGAUGACUUCCACUGGGAAGACGGAAAAGCAAGAGAUGCCGUACGAAGCGUUCGACGACGAGCCUGCACUCGGUGGACGAAUUGCGACAGACUUCGACACGCACGUUGUGCCCACCUUCAUCGACCGAGGCAACAGAGGCAAUGCACGAACACGAGGUCUCGGCUCGAUCCUCAAGCUCGGGCAAAAAAUCUCAACAUCGUCCUCGUAG